AUGUGUCUAUUAUCUGUAAAAUCCAAAAUACUCCUGCUUUCUUCCAGUUCUAUUCUAUCAACCCGUAGCAGGAGAAAAGCCCACUUCACAUUAUUUUUCUUUUUUUAUUCAAAUUUUUUCCUUCUUUUUUCAUUUUUUAACCUUUCUUCUCUUCUUUUUAUCUUCUUUUCAUUCAUACCUUGUAUGAUUCUCUUUCUUUUUCCUUUAAUCUUUUCCUCUUUUUCAUAUUUCUUUCUUUUUAUUAUUUGUUCUUUCCUUCUUUUCUUUUUUAUCUUAUUGUUCAUGCCUAGCAUGCAACUCUCUUUUUGUUUUCAUUUAAAUUUUCUUUUUUUUUUCUUUCCUUUUAUUAUCCAUUCUUCUCUUUUCUUUGCCUUCAUUUUUUUCAUACCUAAUGUAUUUAAUCCUUUUUUUUUUUCCUUUUUACCUUUCCUCAUUCGAUUUUUUCUUUUCUAUUAUCUGUUACUUUUCUUCUUUAUCUUCUUGUUGUUCAUGCCUAGCAUGCAAUUCUCUUUCUUUUUAAUCUUUUCCUCUUUUUCUUUAUCUGAUCCUUCUCCAACUCAUUCUUCUUCACCCUCUUCUUCUUUUCCACAUUCCCUUUCAUUUUUUGUCUCUUGUCUUCCAAUUAAUUUGCAUAAGCAAUCAUCUUAA